AACGACGAAUCUAAAAUCAGAUUAAAAUUACGGUAAACCCCCCAAAACUAGCCCUUAACGAUUUCUCAGUGAACAUUUCGGAGCUGCAAAUUUCGCUGAUCGAUAAAUACGAAAGAAGAGAGAGUGUGGAAAAAAAUGGCGUCGUGGUGUGCAUUUAAACCCUUUCAAAUGCCAAUGAUGAAGGCAGCGGCACUGUCACCCCGCGCUCCUUUAGCGGUCGGCUGCGCUUCAGUCGUCGGCUCCAGCCUCUGGCGUGCUUCCAGCCGAUCUUUUGUUCCUCCUUUCGCUUCUUUAUCCACAUCCACUUCUUCUUCCUCUAUCAAGGAGGCUGUUAAGACUGAGAAGGCGCCGGCAGCAUUGGGACCCUAUUCUCAAGCAAUCAAAGUCGACAACCUUGUAUUUGUCUCUGGUGUUCUGGGUCUUAUUCCCGAGACUGGGAAGUUCAUUGCAGAUACUGUUGAAGAUCAGACAGAACAGUUGUUAAAGAAUAUGGGUGAAAUACUAAAAGCCAGUGGUGCCGACUAUUCCUCCGUCAUAAAAACUACAAUUAUGUUGGCUGACUUGAAAGAUUUCAAGAAAGUGAAUGAGAUCUAUGCAAAAUACUUUCCCGCACCAUUUCCUGCUCGUUCAACAUAUCAGGUAGCAGCAUUACCAAUGGAUGCCAGGAUUGAAAUUGAGUGCAUAGCUCAACUUCCCUGAAAACCUGAUCUGCAGCCUCAUUUAGGAACUUGGUCAGCAUUACCCUCGGGAAGUUGCUCGAGUUAAUAAAGUGAGAUGGGGCUAAUUAAUAUGAUGAGUAUGUUUUGUCUCGCUCUUUCUUAGGAUGUCGCUUUGUCUAUUGUAACACUAUGAGCAGUGAACAUGAUUUUAGAGCAAAGAAGUAGCUCCAGUGCAAUUAGGGAAUUGGAAAUGAACAAACCAUUAAGGAUGUUACAAGUUUCUACUUUGAGAACUUUAGGUUGUAAUCGAGAAACAUUGAAGUCAAGCAUUAUAUUCCAACUUAA